GUGCCGCAGCGAGGGCGGGGGUCGAGCAUGAGCCUGAUGCUGGAGACGCUGCUGGGCCCCCCGGGGGGGCUCCGCAAGGACCCGGGCCGGCUUCCCCCGCGCUCCGCCGCCUCCUCCAGCGGCUUCUACUCGUGGCCGGGCCCCGCGGUGGGUCGGGCUCGGGGGGCGGCGGUGGUCGGAGGCGGCAGCGGAGCCGCUUCCUCCACCGAGAGCCUGGACUCGCUGAAUGGCGAACCGCGGGCGCGGAACGAGAAGGAGCUGCUGCAGGUGCUGAACGACCGCUUCGCCGGUUACAUCGAGCGGGUGCGGGCUCUGGAGCAGCAGAACCGGGCGCUGGCGGCGGAGGCGGCGGCGCUGCGGCAGCAGCAGGCGGGCCGCUCGGCCAUGGGCGAGCUGUACGCCCGGGAGCUGCGCGACAUGCGGGGCACGGUGCUGCGGCUGGCAGCGGAGAAGGGGCAGCUCCGGCUGGAGCGGGCCCGCCUGGCUGAGGAUGUGGCCGCUCUCCGGGGCAGGCUGGAGGAAGAAGCCCGGCAGCGAACGGAGCUGGAAGCGGCCGCCCGCGGGCUGGCUCAGAGCUCCGCGCAGGCGGAACGGGCUCGGGGUCCGCUGGAGGAGCGAGCCCGGGCCCUGAGGGAAGAGGCGGAGCUGCUGCGGCGGCAGCACCGGGCAGAGGUAGGAGCGUUGCUGCGGGGAGCCCGACCCGAACUCCCCACCGAGCCUCCCUCCGCUCUCCGCCCCGGGGUCACCGCCGCUCUCCGCGACCUGCGCGCCCAGCUGGAGGGGACGGCGGCCCGCAGCACCCUCCAGGCUGAGGAGUGGUUCCGUGUGAGGCUGGACAAGCUCUCGGAGGUGGCCAAGGUGAACACGGACGCCAUGCGCCUGGCCCAGGAGGAGAUCCUCGAGUACCGCCGACAGCUCCAGGCCAAGACCACCGAGCUAGAGGCUCUCAAGGGGACCCAGGAGUCACUGGAGAGGCAGAGACAGGACUCGGAGGAGCGGCACCAGGCAGAUGUCCUGACCUACCAGGAAACCAUCCAGCAGCUGGACAGCGAGCUGAGGAACACCAAGUGGGAGAUGGCAGCUCAGCUCCGCGAGUACCAGGAUCUGCUCAACGUCAAAAUGGCUCUGGACAUUGAAAUUGCUGCCUACAGAAAGCUCUUGGAAGGGGAGGAGUAUCGGAUGGAGGCUGGCAUUGGGAUGCUCUCCUUCCCUGAGGUGGUCCCCAAGGCUCCCAGCAUCACCACCAACAUCAAGGUGAAGAGUGAGGAGCUGAUCAAGGUGGUGGAAAAAUCUGAGAAGGAGACAGUGAUUGUGGAGGAGCAGACAGAGGAAAUCCAGGUGACUGAGGAGGUCACAGAGGAGGAGGAGGCAGAGAAAGAGGCUGAAGAAGAGGAAGCUGAGGAGAAGGAAGAGAAAGCUGAAGCAGAGGGUGAAGAAGAGGCCAAAUCUCCUGAAAAAGAGAAGGCUAAGACCCCAGAGAAACCUGAGUCCCCUUCAAAGGAGGAGGCCAAGACUCCAGCAGUCAAGUCCCCUGAAAAGCCAUCAACCCCUUCCAAGGAGGAGGCCAAGAGCCCAGCUGUGAAGUCCCCAGAGAAACCUGCACCUCCCUCCAAAGAGGCCAAGAGCCCAUCUGUGAAGUCCCCAGAGAAACCUCCAACUCCCUCCAAGGAGGAGGCCAAGAGCCCAGCUGUGAAGUCCCCUGAGAAACCUCCAACCCCCUCCAAGGAGGAGGCCAAGAGCCCAGCUGUGAAGUCCCCUGAGAAACCUCCAACUCCCUCCAAGGAGGAGGCCAAGAGCCCAGCUGUUAAGUCCCCAGAGAAACCUCCAACUCCCUCCAAGGAGGAGGCUAAGAGCCCAGCUGUGAAGUCCCCUGAGAAACCUCCAGCUCCUUCCAAGGAGGAGGCCAAGAGCCCAGCUGUGAAGUCCCCAGAGAAACCUCCAACUCCCUCCAAGGAGGAGGCCAAGAGCCCAGCUGUUAAGUCCCCUGAGAAACCUCCAACUCCCUCCAAGGAGGAGGCCAAGAGCCCAGCUGUGAAAUCUCCAGAGAAACCUGCACCUCCCUCCAAAGAGGCCAAGAGCCCAGCUGUGAAGUCCCCUGAGAAACCUGCACCCCCCUCAAAAGAGGCACCCAAGCUCCCAUCUGUGAAGUCCCCAGAGAAGCCCCCAACCCCCUCUAAAGAGGAGGCCAAGAGCCCAGCUGUGAAGUCCCCAGAGAAGCCCCCAACCCCCUCUAAAGAGGUGGCCAAGAGCCCAGCUGUGAAGUCCCCAGAGAAAGUCAAAUCUGUGAAGGAGGAGGCCAAGUCUCCAGAGCAGGAGGUGGCCCCAGCCAAGGAGCCUGUCCCCCCCCCUCCAAAGGAGCCCAAAGCCCCUGCAAAGGAGGAGCCACCCAAGGAGGUGAAGGCUCCCUCCAAGCCUGGAGAAGGCAAGAAAGAGGAAGCUCCCAAGAAGGAUGCCCCAGCCAAGGUGGAGAAGGCAGCUGCUGCACCAGAGCCUCCAGCCCCAGUGAAAGAGGCCUCCAAGCCCAGCCCCAAACCUGCAGAAGAAAGCAAGGCUGAGAAGGCUGCACCAAAAGUUCAGCAGGAGGACACCAAAGCAGCUGUGAAGAAGGCAGAGGAGCCCAAGAAGGAGAAGGCAGAGGAGCCCAAAGCUAAAGCAGAACCCAAAGAGGAGCCCAAAGCCAGUAAGGAGCCCCCCAAGGCUGAGGCCCCUUCUGGCAAGGAGGCCAAAGCCCCGGAGCCAGUGCCUGCAGCGGGGAAGAAGUGAGGGGACCCUGGAAGCUGCAGAGCCCCCCGGGAGCUGCUCCACGCCCCUGGCCGUGCCGAGCUCCAGCACAGCAGCAGGUCCCUGAUGGAGACGCAGCUGGUAGGGGCCCAGCCCCGGUCUGUCCGGCAGCUUCCCCCCGCCCAGAGCCACAUUUACACUUGAAUUGUAACCUCGGAGAAGAGCCUGGGGGCACCUUCUCCACUAAGUGCAUUAUCUAUGUCUGUGCAAUCGAUGGCAGAGCGCUAACUGCUUGGGAUGGGGGGGUGCCGGGGGGACCUAGAGGUGAGGACUGUCCCUCCCAGAGGCGCCCCGGGCAUUGGGGGAGGGGGGGCAGGCUGGGUGCUGCAGGGAUGCUCACAGUGCACUAGGAACCUCUGCCCACUGUUGUUUGCUUACUGUGCAAUAACCAAAUAAAGUGCUUCAGAGAGA